AUGGCUGCCAUGAAUGCGAACAACAACGGCUCCGUCGAUAACACGCCCAUCAUGGGCAACAUGGCGCAUCCCAAGCGCAUGGGCACCGACCCCACCGAAAAGCUCAAUACGUACAUCUACGACUACUUUCUGCGCAACAAGCAUCUUGACCUGGCGCGCGCCAUGCUAAGCUGCGACCUGAAGAUGUUGACCGAGAAAGGCAGCCCCGGCAACCGGCCCAACGGCGUCGACUCGAUCGACCAGAUAGAAGACCUGCCCUUGCCCCAGCUGCCCCCAGGCCAGGUUGCUGACAAUUCCUUUCUGCUCGACUGGUGGGUUCAGUUUUGGGACAUUUACAUGGCCAGUAAGCCGCGCAACACGGCCUCGAAGAACGCGAACCAGUAUCUUAGCCACAACCGGAAUCUUGGCCACAUGCAGAAUGAGCAAAGGAACCAGCGCAUGAUGAUGAACAGCAAUAUGAAUGCUCAAUAUCAAAUGAUGCGCAAUGGGGGCAUGGCCAACGGCACCCAAACCGACCUCAAGCGGACCGCAGCCAUGAACAACAACCGACCAACCGGCAACCCCAUGGCCGGAAUGCAACCUAUGAAAAAUCCAAACAUGAUGGCUGCCAACAUGCAGCGCGACGGCUCAGGCAUGGACAUGAACGGCCAGCGGCCGCAAUCGCCAGGGUCCAACGAGAAUGCUCCGUCGCCGAAUAAGCGCCCCCGCGUUGACGGUGGCAUGAAUGCCGGGAACAUGCCCAACCAACAAUUCAACGAGUUCAUGCCGCAAGGCCCAGGUGCGCAGCAGAAGAACAUCGAGGUAUAUGCCCAAAGUUUGGCCCAUCAACACAGAGUGGCAAUGAGUAACACUUCGUCCCCCCAGGGUAUGAACUCUGGCAUCCAAGGUUCCCCAAUGGCCCAGCCAGGUCUCGACGGCCAAGAAAACAUGUUCGCUGGCAACGGCCCGCGUCCCAACAAUGUUCCUCCCAAUCCUCCAGGCGCGCCUCAGCAAGGCGGCAACCACGCACUCCAGGACUACCAGAUGCAGCUGAUGCUGCUUGAGCAGCAGAAUAAGAAGCGGUUACUCAUGGCUAGACAAGAGCAAGACAACCAAUCUGGACACCCUCAGCAGGGCGUCAUGGGCGGUCCGGGCUUUGGGGCUGCCAUGUCACCUCAAGGCAGCAGAGCCGGCGGUCCAUCGCCCAACCCGUCCGACCAGAUGAAGCGAGGUACACCAAAGCUUGGCCAGCAAGCCCUCCCUGGCUCACCAAUGCCUGAAGGAGUCAUGGGCCAGCAACGUGGCUCCCCUGCGCCCAACAUCAAUUUUGAUCCCAUGACUGCGCCUCCCGGGAUGCCUCCGCAAUUCUACCCCCAGAUGCAACAGAACAACCCCAUGGGCAUGCGGCCCCCGAGCUCACACCCCCAGGCACCCAACUUUAAUGGCGGUCAGCAAAUAACGCCUGCACAAAUGGAAGCCAUGCGCAACGGCCAGAUGCAGCAGCAGAAUGGCGCUGUGUGGCGUGGACCUCAACCCAACAUGAUGCAAGGCGGCCAGCAAAUGGGAGGUCCCAUGGGCCAAACCCCUCAACAGCGUCAGAUGCCACCGCCCCCAGCGCCUACCAACGAACAACCACGGCCAGAGCCGUCUCCGUCAAUCUCCAACCAAGCACCACCCACGCCAUCGCAAACAAACAAGGCCAACCCCAAGAAGAAGCCAACCAAGGAUGCCAAGCAGCAGCAACAACAGCAGCCCGUGCAACCACAGCCUCCAUCUGACCAGCCCAUGGACAAUGGCGGCCCACCGUUUGGUAACAUUGAUAACGACCCCAAUGGUUUUGACCUUGGCCUCAAUUUUGGCGAUGACAAUGGCGCGCUGGAAAACUUUGACUUUGACUCCUUCUUGCACACAGGCAACGACAACGAUGGUUUUGGCGCUAUACCUGAUUUCGAUUUUGGCAAUACUACAGAAGUAUAG